AUGGCAACAAGAGGCAGGGGAGCAGCAUUGUCCUUGUACAGGGCGAUCUUGAGAGCCCACAAGGACAAUCUUCCAGCGGAAAUGCGCUCUCUUGGAGAUGCCUACGUAAAAUCAGAAUUCAAGUUGCACAAGACUGUCGAAAAAACUGUACAGCUGGACGCGUUCUUCACUGCAUGGGAAGAGUAUUUGAAUCAGGUGCAACAGACCGCACGGAUAAAGGAGUCUUCUCUCUCGUUGGGGGAGAAAGAAAUAACAGCAAGCUUUGGGCAGCAUUUAUCACCAGACAUAGAAUUAUCAGAGGAACAGGAAAUGCAACUGGAAAAGCUAAAAGAAGAAGCUAGCAAGGCGGGAAGGUAA